CAUCUCUUUGAUUUCAGUUGAUAUUCUUUCUUCUUCUUUUUUCAAUUCAAGAUUGCAGAACCAUAUCCUUGAGAUAGAUCAGAAUUUUGGACCUAUUUGUUUCAUUGUUUCUUUUUCAUUCUUUUUUCUCUUUUCAUACCAGUUUUCCACCAUUUCUAUAUGUAAAUGUCACAGGUUGAAUGUAUUUUUCUGAACAAAAGGCCCUGAUGUUUUCACACUCAGCCAGUGGAAGACAAUAGAAAUUUAAGAAUGUACUGAAGAUCAAUAGCUCAUCCUGCAAAUUAGAUUAAGUUUGUGUUUCGUUCCGAUGCAAAGUCAUACUAUUCUAUAUGGUAAGGCCAGAGCAUCAUUCAAUUUUGGAACAAAACCAAACACAAAACUUGGUUCAAUGAGUCCGUCUGAAUUUCCCACCUCAAUUCCUAGGAGAACACAUGUUAGAUCGUGUCUUAUUAGGGCCAAAAUUCCACGUUGCCACGCAUUCGAAAGAAGCGUAAACCAAGCAGAAAUGACUGAUGAAGAUGAUGAUCUGUGUCCAGUUGAAUGCGUUAGAGAAUUUAAGACUGACGAGGAAUUGUUCAGAAUUCUCGAAACGGCCAAAAAAACAGGUUCUUUAGUCGUCGUAGAUUUUUUUCGCACAUCAUGUGGAAGCUGCAAGUACAUAGAGCAGGGGUUUUCAAAGUUGUGCAAGGGAGCUGGCAAUGGAGAAGCCGGAGUGAUCUUCUUAAAGCAUAAUGUAAUUGAUGAGUACGAUGAACAAUCCGAGGUUGCAGAGCGACUUAGAAUUAAGACGGUGCCCCUCUUCCAUUUUUACAAAGAUGGGAUUCUCUUGGAGGCGUUCCCAACCAGAGACAAAGAGAGGAUUAAUGCAGCCAUUAGUAAAUACACAUCGCCAGCAUCUGAAGAAGAUGAUGCUUGAGCUACAUUAGUUAUAGCAAUCCAAUCCCUCAACAUAUAUAUAUAUAUAUAUAUAGGUUAUAAGAUAAGUGCUUUGAACUCAUUUGUGGAUUGUAAUAUAUUGGAGCUCCGAUAUGUUGGAUGAGAUUUCAUUACUUUAUCUAUAUAUAUAUAGCGUAUAUAAAUGAUGUCAAAGUCUUACUGGCGCCAAGUGUGAGGGAAUGCUAUACGUUUGGUAAUUUCUCCUCGGACCAAAAUAAAAUAUCCCAUUAAAGCU